AUUGCCAAAUUCUGCUGUUAAAUGGAAAAUAUAAGUAAACAUACCUUGAAACUCAAUGCUAACAGACCCUCAACAACCUUCCCUCCAAAAUCCCUCUCCAUCUCCUCCUCCACCACCGCCACACGAAACUGCUGCAUUCCCAAUCUUUUUUUUCUUUUUUUUUUUGGUACACCCAAUCUAUCCCAUUUGCUUUUCAUUUUUAUAUACUUUUUGGUACUCUGGUAUAGUUAGGGACGAAAUUAAAAAUAUUCAAAAUGUCGGGAUUUGAAGACGAACAGCUCAAUCAAUUAAAGGACAUAUUCGCAAAAUUCGACUUGGAUUCCGACGGCAGCCUCACCAUUCUAGAGCUCGCCGCGCUCUUGAGAUCGUUAGGUCUCAAGCCUUGUGGCGACGACGUUCAUGUCCUAUUGGCUACCAUGGACAUGAACAGCAACGGCUUCGUGGAAUUCGAUGAACUCGUGAAUGCAAUUGUUGAUUUGCCUGAAUUGAAGGAAGAAAUUCUGGUAAAUCAGGAGCAUCUCGCAGCGGCUUUCAAUUUGUUUGAUCGAAACGGCAAUGACUACAUUACCGCCGCCGAGCUGGCAGGUGCAAUGUCGAAGAUGAGACAGCCGUUGACGUACAAGGAGCUGACGGAGAUGAUCAAGGAGCCUGAUAGCAACGGUGACGAUAUGAUUAGCUUCGACGAGUUUGCGUCGGUGAUGGCAAAAUGGGCCUCGGAGUACCUAAGCCCUGCUCUGUCGUUGUGACCCAAGAUUGAGGGUAAUUAAUUUAAAUUUUAAAAAAAAUGAUUGAAUAAUAUAUAUUUUUUUUUUGCAUCUUUAUUUAUAUAUCCUUGCAUCUUUUUUAAUUAUUUGUUUUUUUUCUCUCUAUUAAAUCUGUGACAUUAUG